CCUGGAGGAAGCACCAUGCCAAGAUGCCCCACAGCACCUUCCAGCCACCACCGGGACCACUGUGGACAGUGGACAGCAGCGUGGACCUUCCUGCCGAAGAUGCCAGUCAUCCUGUGGCUGCUGCUCUUGGACACCUCCCUGCCUGCUGUGAGGGGCCAGACCACAGUUCCUCUGGAAACAGUGAAGCUGUGGGCUGAUGCCUUUGGCAGGAAUCUGUACAAAACUGUGACCAGAUACUCAGGCUCUCUCCUGCUGCAGAAGAAGUACAAGGAUGCAGAACCCAGUCUGAAGAUCAAAGAGGUGGAUGGCUUGGAGCUGGUGAAGAAGUUCUCGGAAGACAUGGAGACCAUGCUUCGGAGGAAAGCCGAGGCCGUUAAGAGCCUGGUGGAGGCCGCCGAGGAGGCUGACCUGAAUCAUGAAUUCAAUGCAUCUCUGGUGUUUAACUACUACAACUCGGUGCUAAUCAACGAGAAGGAUGAGAAAGGCAACUACGUGGAGCUGGGAGACGAGUUUCUCCUCGAGUCCAAUGCGCACUUCAGCAACCUGAGGGUGAAUGUCUCCAUGAGCAACGUCCAGCUGCCCACCAACGUGUACAACAAAGACCCAGACAUUUUAAAUGGGGUCUAUAUGUCCGAGGCCCUGAACCCCGUGUUUGUGGAGAACUUCCAGAGAGACCCUACCCUGACCUGGCAGUAUUUUGGCAGCUCAACUGGGUUCUUCAGGCUCUAUCCAGGGAUAAAGUGGACACCUGAUGAAAACGGAGUCAUUGCCUUUGACUGCAGAAACCGUGGCUGGUACAUACAAGCGGCCACUUCUCCCAAGGACAUAGUGAUUCUGGUGGAUGUGAGCGGCAGCAUGAAGGGCCUGAGGAUGGCUAUCGCCAAGCACACCAUUACUACCAUUUUGGAUACCCUGGGGGAGAAUGACUUCGUGAAUAUCAUUGCGUACAAUGAUUAUGUGCACUACAUCGAACCCUGCUUCAAAGGCAUCCUGGUCCAGGCAGACCGAGACAACCGCGAGCAUUUCAAGCAGUUGGUGGAUGAACUGAUGGUCAAAGGCGUGGGCGUUGUGAGUCAAGCCCUGAUCGAGGCUUUCGAGAUCCUGAAGCGGUUCCAAGAGUCCAGGCAAGGAAGUCUCUGCAACCAGGCCAUCAUGCUUAUCUCUGAUGGGGCCGUGGAAGACUAUGAGCCCGUGUUUGAGACAUAUAACUGGCCAGACCGCAAGGUCCGAGUUUUCACUUACCUUAUCGGAAGGGAAGUGACGUUUGCUGACCGCAUGAAGUGGAUUGCCUGCAACAACAAAGGCUACUACACACAAAUCUCCACACUGGCCGAUGCCCAGGAGAACGUGAUGGAAUACCUGCAUGUGCUCAGCCGUCCCAUGGUCAUCAACCACGACCAUGACAUCAUCUGGACAGAGGCAUACAUGGACAGCAGGCUCUUCACCUCAGAGGCACAAAGCCCAAUGCUCCUCACCACAGUGGCCAUGCCAGUCUUCAGCAAAAAGAACGAAACACGAUCCCACGGCAUUCUCCUGGGUGUCGUGGGCUCUGACGUGGCCCUAAGAGAGCUCAUGAAACUGGCACCCCGCUAUAAGCUUGGGGUGCAUGGAUAUGCCUUUCUGAACACUAACAAUGGCUACAUCCUCUCUCAUCCUGACCUCAGGCCUUUGUACCGAGAAGGCAAGAAGCUGAGACCCAAACCCAACUACAACAGCGUGGACCUCUCAGAAGUGGAGUGGGAGGACCAAGCUGAAACUCUGAGAACCGCCAUGAUCAACGGGGAAACGGGUUCUCACUCCAUGGACGUGAAGGUGCCUCUGGACAAAGGGAAACGAGUUCUAUUCCUGACCAAUGACUAUUUCUUCACGGACAUCAGUGACACUCCUUUCAGCUUGGGAGUGGUGCUGACCAGAGGCCACGGAGAAUACAUCCUUCUGGGAAACACAUCUGUGGAGGAAGGCCUGCACGACUUGCUUCAUCCGGACCUGACCCUGGCCAGCGACUGGAUCUACUGUAUCACGGAUAUCGACCCAGACCACCGGAAGCUCAGCCAGCUGGAAGCUGUGGUCCGCUUCCUGACAGGGGUGGAUCCAGACCUGGAGUGUGACGAGGAGCUGUUGCGGGAGGUGCUGUUUGACGCGGUGGUGACAGCUCCCAUGGAAGCCUACUGGACAGCACUGGCACUCAACAUCUCUGAAGAGUCGGAGCCUGGUGUGGAUGUGGCCUUCCUGGGGACCAGGGCUGGCCUUCUAAGAAGAAGCUUGUUCGUGGGAUCUGAGAAAAUCUCUGAUAGGAAGUUCCUGACACCCGAAGAUGAAGCCAGUAUUUUCACCCUGGACAACUUCCCGCUGUGGUAUCGGCAGGCUUCUGAGCAGGCCCCAGGCAGCUUUGUCUUCAAUCUCUGCUGGGCAGAGGGACCAGACAGCCCAGGCAAGCCAGUGGCAGUAAGGGCCAGCACCGCAAUAACUGUGACAGUGGACGGGAAGACGGCCAUAGCGGCAGCUGUGGGCAUCCAGAUGCAAGCAGAUUACCUCCAGAGUCAGUUCUGGGCAGCCAUGCAACAGUGCAGCACUGUAGAGGGGCCAUGCCCGAAGAGCUGCGAGGACGCCGAUCUGGACUGCUUCGUCGUAGACAACAAUGGCUUCAUUCUGAUCUCAGAGAGACCCCAAGAGAUGGGAAGACUUCUGGGGGAAGUGGAUGGCGCUCUCAUGACGCAGCUCCUCAGCAUGGGGGUGUUCAGCCGUGUGACCAUGUACGACUACCAGGCCAUGUGCAAGCCUCCGGAUCAUCACCACAGUGCAGCCCAGCCCCUGAUCAGUCCUCUCUCUGCCUUCUGGAUGGUGGCCAGGUGGCUACUGCAUGAGUUUCUGCUGUUCCUGCUAGAGUGGAGCGCUUGGGGAUCUUGGCACGACAAAGGGUCAGAGGCCAAAGCUGUCUUCCAUCACUCCCACAAGCAUAAGAAACAGGACCUGCUGCACCCCUGUGACACGGAAUACCUGGUGUUUGUACACCAGACCGCCAUUCAGGAGGCCAACGGGAUCAUCGAGUGUGGGGCCUGCCAGAAGACAUUUGUGAUGCAACAGAUUCCCAGCAGCAACCUGCUCCUGCUAGUGACAGACAGUACCUGUGACUGCAGCGCCUACUCUCCUAUCCUCCAGGAGGCCACAGAAGUCAAAUAUAACGCCUCAGUCAAGUGUGACAGGAUGCGCUCCCAGAAGCCCCGGCGACGACCAGGCUCCUGCCAUGCCUUCCAUCCAGAGGAGAAUGCUCAGGACUGUGGCGGUGCUUCAGACACUGUACCUUCGCUCCCUCUGCUCCUGCUAUCGCUGUGGGCCUGGUUGCUUCUGCUCGAGCUUCUGUGGUGACCCCAGCCCAUCUGACUCCCACAGAAGGGGGACCCUAAAAGAGACAUUCUACAAAGUCACCAUCUGAUGAAGGCCCAGCUCAUCAGAUGGGCGUGCCCUCGGUUUCAGUCCUGGGCUACUGGUCUCUGCCUCUUAGAGAUUGCAGGAAGGAUCCCCACGGCUCUUCAGGGUGCAGGGUACCAGCCACCCCAAGCUUUCUACUCUUGUCUCUGCUUCAGGACUCCAACAAGAGCUCAAGUGGAAGAAGGAGAGAAGUUAGUUACUCCUGUUUACCAAAGGUCAGACCCAGUCAAAGGGCCGGCUGUUUCCCUGGCUGGUCCACUACAGAGCUGAGGAGUUCUGGGGGCUGGGACUGAAUGGUGAGGCCCAUGCAGAGGCUGUGGCAAGGACAUGCUUGCUACAAGUGCAGGAGUCCUUGGGAAGGUACUUUCACCCAUCACAGUGCAAGGAGGGUAGGCAGAAGGAAAGACAGGAAGAUUCAGGGAGGAACCAGAAGGGAAGAAAUGGAAAAGAAGCCGAGCAUGGUGACACAUGCCUUUAAUCCCAGAAUUUGAGAGGCAGAGGCAGGAAAUCUCUGAGUGUGAGGCCAGCCUGGUCUAUAAAAUGAGUUCCUGACACAAGGGGAGAGGUACAAAGAGAAACCUUAUCUUGAAAACAAACAAGAGAGAAAAUUCAAGCUUGGAGAAGGAAAACUGGUUGUAAAUCUUAGCUUCGUGAAGAUACUACUUAAUAGGCAAUGUCCCUAGAGCUGUCUGGCACUGACAAUAUACUAACUGUUCUCACCCUAGCACCCAGCUUCACGGCUUGGAAGGUAGUUAAGGUUGGAGGUGUUUGCCCAGCCCAGGUGAGGUACCAAACUGUCACAGCUGUGCUUCUUCAUGCUACCAAGACACAGUAUGGUCAGGCAUGGCAGAAGAGAUCUUUCCCAAUUGCCAGCAAAGCACCUGCCUUCCUUGCUUUGUCCUUUGUACUGAUCUCUACUCCAACAGCACUGGGUCUCAAAAACAAGCACAGGCGGGAGGCCUCUUCACCCAACCAGGCAGAGCGUUUGGGAACCAGUUUAUUGGCUGCCACAGAAGAGAAAUGCUAAGUGUAAGAUUCCAGGCAGCUCCUGGCCAUGAGUCGUGGGGCUCUUGUGCCUGGUGCUGCUGAGGGACUAAGCUUUACAACAUUGCCAGGGCAGUUAAAGAAAAGGCAUGUCUGAUAAACCGUCAGGUAAACUGAUAAUGCUGUCUCCAUAAGCGAAAAGUCUCCCAAGGUUUGCCUGCCAGUCAGAACUCCAUCAAGAGGCCAGCAGGUGGUAGCCUGGCUUAGGCUAAAGAUCCAGCACCUUGACUUCAGGAGUGAAGCUGACACUCCGGCAAUUUAAAAAGCAGGGUAUGGCAUCCUGGCAUCUUUCCUCAUUUGUGUGUCACCUUCAAGAGUAAGAGCUCAAGGAUGCUGUUAGAAGCACUUCUCAGCCCCAGGAAAUGUGCUAUUGAGCUUGCCUGUUUUAAUAGAACCAACUCAAAUAAAAGGCUUCAACACUA